UCUCUCUCUUUCUUUCUCUCCACUCCUUUCCCACAUAAAUAAAUAGCGUCAGAAGGAUGUGGGAGAAGAAAGAUGUUGCCGCCACUGGAAAAAGAAUAAUGUUGAGGAAGCUCACCCCUGUUUAUCUUAAACGCAUUCUUCUAGUCUGGGGAUUACAGGCACAUUCCCUCUGGAUUUCUUGCCCACUGAAGGAUGCUCUGUUCUGAUUGUGCUCUUUCCGUACUAAAAGCGAGGACUACUGGAGUUUUCUCACUGUUUCUACCUACCUGUCAGAGAGCCACUGAUCUAGCCAGCCCAAGGAGCCCAUGGAGUCCAUCCCUGUGGUAGAUGGUCCACUUCACAUUUAUGCUUGGCAAUAGAAAAAGAGGCAAAGAGAUUAGAAACACUGGCAACCGAUCAGCUCCAUGGUUUUCUGACUUUAUCAAGGCUGUGAUUUUUGGCAUCUGAAUAAGAGAUGACCCAGGAACAGUGCCCUCAUAGAAACAAUGUCCAGAGUACUGAAAAACCACAAGUGUAUAAAGUGGGGAUCUAUGGUUGGCGGAAACGUUGCCUUUACUUCUUUGUCCUACUCCUCAUGAUCCUCAUAGUGGUCAACCUUGCUCUAACCAUCUGGAUCCUCAAAGUUAUGAACUUCACUAUAGACGGCAUGGGUCACCUGCGUAUCACAGAAAGAGGCCUGAAACUGGAGGGUGAUUCGGAAUUCCUUCAGCCACUAUAUGCCAAAGAAAUCCAGUCCAGACCAGGAAGCUCAUUGUUCCUUCAGUCAUCUAAGAAUGUGUCUGUCAACAUCCUCAAUGAGAAGAAGCAAGUAGUAUCUCAACUCACUGCAGGUUCCAGUGGAGUUCACGCAAGAGGCAAAAUGUUGGAAGUAAAAUCAAGUGCAGGAAAGCUGCUUUUCUCUGCUGAUGACCAUGAGGUGGUAGUUGGCGCAGAAAGAUUACGAGUUAUGGGAGCUGAGGGUGCAGUGUUCAGCAACUCGGUGGAGACCCCACAUGUGAGAGCUGAGCCCUUCAAAGAGUUACGGCUAGAGUCGCCUACGCGUUCGCUAUACAUGGAGGCACCUAAAGGAGUGAAAAUAGAAGCUGAGGCAGGAGAUUUCCAAGCAACUUGUAGGAGCGAUUUACGCCUGGAGUCAAAAGAUGGAGAGAUCAGCUUGGAUGCCCGGAAAAUCAAGCUCCUACGCCUGCCGGAGGGAAAAGCCUCCCCCUCCGGAACUAGACAGACUGUCUUUGAGGGUCAAAGCACUGAAGCCCAAGCGAACAGUUCCUCCUCAGGAGCGGAGCCAGGGCCAUCAGAGACCUCUCCUCCCCAGAAAAAAUCUGCCAUGGCAAUGGUAUUUGCAGAUUUUUUUAAAACAGAGAAAAGAAGAACAAAGCCUUUGUCAGACAUCAUUCAUGAAGAGGUCACCUCAUACAAAGACACAGGCUGCAUCUCUGUGGAUGAAGACCCACUCGCAUGGUGGAAGAACAAUGAGCAUAAGUAUCCUCACAUUGCUAAGUUAGCCCAAUCUAACCUUGCUGUCCAAGGUACAUCUGUGCCAAGUGAACGUGUUUUCUCAAAAAUGUUUUUUAUGCAACAUUUUGAUAGCCAGCAUUUUUGUUUUUAAUAUUUAAAUAUAUACAGUGGCACUUUAAUCUCUAGUUUCCAAAUACUGCACUUUAGUUUCAAGUGAAAGAAAUGUAUCCUCACUCUCAGGGAAUAGAAGCAUUGCUUAUACUGUUCUUGUGUUAAGAUGUUUAAACUUAUGCUUGACUUUAUGAUUGUGGCCUUUGCUAUUGUUAUAGCCUCAUA